GAACAAAAUAGAGGUUUACAAAAAAGGAACGUCACAUCCCCUUGACCCUCCAAUCACCUCUGGGUCCCAUUUGAUUGGAAGGCGGCAAAGGCUUUAAUCUCAGACUAAUUCAGCUGCUUUUGAAGUGACUGUUUUCUGCCAGAUCUCGGGUUGGAAGAACUACUUCGCAGAUCUGUUAAGACACGCAGUGACAACAGAGCUUCUGGUGCAGCAAUAGCUUUAAACCGAUAGCCACACAGCCGUCUCCUGACUGUACUCUUCUACCUAAGGAUUACACCUAUUUUGUUGAUCUUGGACUGGUCGUACUCUUGUAAUUUAAAAAAAAAAAAAGGAAUCUCUGAUUUUUUAAUGAAUCUGAUAAAUGCAUUUUCAACAAUUUCUAUGAGAAUUGGGUCAUGAUCACAUCGCCCUCGGUCUCUGCUCUACGAAAUAGUAAUAAUCAAGCCUGGGAGAGCAGCGGUUCUUGGAAUAACAGCUCCGCGACAAAUCUCAACAAGCCCUUUCUCCACUCCGUUCCUCCUUUGGAUCCUCUAAGGCAAGCUAAUCGCCUUCCCAUCAAGGUGUUGAAAAUGCUCACGGCACGAACAGGACACAUUCUGCACCCCGAGUAUCUCCAGCCCCUGCCGUCUACGCCCGUUAGCCCAAUCGAGCUUGAUGCCAAGAAAAGUCCACUGGCCCUUUUGGCUCAAACUUGCUCGCAAAUCGGAAAACCAGACCCUCCAGUCUCUUCUAAACUCUCGUCAGUAACAUCUAAUGGAUCUAGUGACAAAGACUCCAAAUCCGGCCCAUUGAAAUUGAGUGACAUAGGAGUGGAAGACAAAUCUAGCUUCAAACCUUACUCAAAACUAUCCGAGAAGAAGGACUCCGGGGUUUCCAGUGGAGAGAAAUCUGGUUUCCGCGUGCCUAGCGCCACCUGCCAGCCAUUUACUCCAAGGACAGGCAGCCCCAACUCCAGCACUUCUGCUUCCCCGUUGCCAUCGGAGGGUAAAUCGGGAGACAGUCAAGACAAGAAAGACUCUGAAUCUAAUAAAAAUAGCACAUCUGAGGGGUCUGGGGCCUCUAGCAUCAGCCACGGCAGGAUAAGUGUGAGUUGUGCUGGAAUAAAUGUAGAGGUCAACCAACAUCAGGAUACUAAUUUGGGGUCAAAAUCUUCAGACUCUUUAUCAGUGUCUUCAGCCUCAUCUGCAUCAAUACUUGGAUCUGGUCUUGUGGCUCCUGUUUCACCAUAUAAACCAGGACAGACUGUUUUUCCACUUCCACCGGCUGGCAUGUCAUACCCUGGGUCUUUGGCCGGGGCCUAUGCUGGCUAUCCACAUCAGUUCCUGCACCACGGAGUGACUUUAGACCCAACCAAGUCCAACAGCCUAGUCAAUGCCCAGCUUGCCAGUUCACUAGGCUGCAGUAAGGCAGGAUCUAGCCCCUUAGCCGGAGCCUCACCACCUUCAAUGAUGUCUGCUAGUAUUUGUAGAGACCCUUACUGCUUAAGCUACCACUGUGCAAGUCACCUGACUGGGGCUGCCAGUGCACAAUGUGCACACGACUCUGCAGCUGUUGCAGCUCUUAAAUCUGGAUACCCGCUGGUAUACCAAACACACCCGUUGCACAGUGUCCACUCCUCUCCACCAUCAUUUGCUGGGCACCCCUUAUACCCUUAUGGCUUUAUGCUCCCCAAUGAUCCCCUGCCACAUGUCUGCAACUGGGUGUCGGCCAAUGGACCUUGUGACAAGCGUUUUUCCUCCUCCGAAGAACUCCUGAACCACCUGCGAACCCACACAGCUUUCACUGGAACAGAAAAGCUCAUAUCCGGUUACCCUAGCUCAUCUUCUUUAGCCAGCGCAGCAGCAGCCGCUAUGGCUUGCCACAUGCAUAUGCCCCCAACAGGGGCCCCUGGGAGCCCCGGCACAUUGGCACUCAGGAGCCCCCACCACGCUUUGGGACUGAGCAGUCGCUAUCACCCUUAUUCAAAGAGCCCCUUACCAACUGGUGCACCAGUGCCAGUACCUGCAGCCACAGGACCAUAUUACUCUCCAUACGCACUGUAUGGACAAAGACUGACCACAGCAUCCGCACUGGGAUAUCAGUAAAAUAAAAAAAGACUAACAAAUUUAUAUUAAAAAAUACAAAUAUAAAGACUUUUAUAUUACUGUCCACUUAAGGACUGGAUCCGUGGACGCUGUAUUUAUUUAUGUUAGCUUCAAGCAGGACAAUAAAAACUAAAAAAUACAAAUAAAACUCAAAAGUGCAUUACUUUAAAACUGAGCUCUAUAGGUAAAGUGAAACGCCCAUGGUAGAAUAUUAAUGAAAAAUAGGGUUUUUUCUUUUCGGUGUUUAUUUGAAAUUGCUAUGAUUGUAUUGUACGUUCCUAUUUAAUGUCUCCUUGGAAGAAAAGAAGAAUUUACAUGCAUGUUUGUUACUAAAAUCCCAACUUGUCAUUUAUAAUUUUAAAUUGCAAUUAUUUUUAAGGUGUAUACCAUGGAGAGAGAAUUGGUAUUUUUUUGUAUGUAUUCUGAAAAAAAAAAGAAACGGUUCUAUUCCAAAAAAUAAACUAUCGUCUUUUAUUUCUUACAUUGCACUAAACAUACAGGUUUUACAAUUUAAGGGAGGUUUUUGGUAUAAUUUAUGUAAGCUGGUGUGAAAUAAUUCUGGGUAUAACAUAACUAAAACACAUUAUGAAAUAAACUAAACUUUUUAAUUUGUUUUUGUUUGACAGCAGGCUGGUGAGUUUAUUAUUAUUAUUAUUAUUAUUAUUAUUAUUAUUAUUAUUAUUAUUAAAAACAACUUUUAAAAAAAAACACAAACGGGAAUUGUAGUUUAAAAAAAUAGUAGAAAUCUGAACGCUAGUUUUAAUAGGUAGGGCGGCUACAUCUUCGCCUGUCUGAAUAUUUUGAUAUACCAAAAAAUUAAGACAAUAAUAAAUACUAAUACGACAGUUUGUGUGGAUUUUUUUGUGAACAGUAAGUUCUGUAGAUGUGCGUUUAAUUAGGCUUUUUAUGCAUAUUGGAACACCAUAAACCUUUAAGAAUCAAUGUAAAUGUAAUGUCUUGAGUUAGUAUGGUGUUUAAAUAUGAUUUCUGUGUCAGGUUACUUAUACUUCUAUUUUCACCGUUUACAGUACAUUAUUUUACUUGUGUUGUAAAUUAAUGUAUGCGUUAUUAGUCUUCACCGGUGCAAAUAUGUUGCACACUUGUCAUUGGUUCAGUAUGUUAAAUGUGCAAGAUUCAAUUAUAAAUAUUGCAUUUUGAAACAAAAGAGAGAUCAAAGUACAUUUUUAAAUAAAUAUGGAGGGUGGUAUAACCCACACUGAACAACUAAUGCACCAUUUUACUACUUCAUCAAACAAUAAAGUGGUCUAUAGGCUUUGUAAUGUUUAAAAUACAUUUAAAUCGGAGUAUUGAGAGAAGACAAGACAGAAAAUGAAACGUUAAAGGAAGAAGCUGAAAAGAUGUUUUUAAAUCAUGACUUUGGGGACAGGCGUUACAGUCAUUCUCAUUAAAAGAUUAGCCUGUACAGCUAAAGCAUAACCAGCGCUUAGAGUGAACACGGUAACAAGGCAAAUGUAAUAACCUAGAACCAUUCUGUAGGAGAAAUUAAUCCAAAACGUGUAAAUUGAAAACAUACUCAUCGUAAAUUUAAAGCAGAGCUAUCGUUCCUUUUUUAGUCUAGUGUGACACACUUUUUUUUCGUUUUAAAACACAAUGUCCGAUUUGCGAGUCAGUUUUGUGUGCUUGUGCGUGUGUUCUUUUCUGAUGUGUAACCAACCUGAACAACACUGCGCUGUCAAUGGCAAUUACCCAUUAAAAA